GUCCUAGGCAACUGAGCAUAUAUAAGCCAUCACCACCAAGACCACCAGCGCGGCGUUCUAUAUAGAUCGUAUCACCCAUGUCUCUUCAAGUUAACUUGUCGAGCAAAGAGCUCGGCGAAGCAUAUCAAAAUGUCGUCGCUGGACGUGGCAUAGAUUGGGCUAUAUUCACAUACGAGAAAGGAAGUAAUGACCUCAAAGUCCAGGCAACUGGUAGCGGCGGACUUGACGAACUCGAGGAGGAGUUCUCAGAUGGAAGAAUACAGUAUGCGUUUGCGAGAGUGACCGAUCCUAACAGUCAACUCCCAAAAUUCGUCCAGAUUAACUGGUGUGGCGAUGGCGUUCCCGAAGCCAAGAAAGGGCUUUUCCAUACCCACUCAAGCGCUGUUGCCAGAUUCUUACGUGGCACCCACGUCGUCAUCAGUGCCCGCAACGAGUCGGACGUUACUCCAGCUCUCAUCAUGUCCCGGGUUGAAGGGGCUUCCGGCGCAAGGUACUCCGCUCAUAAGGAACAAGCCCGCAAAUUCGAGCCGAUCGCCCCAGUUGGGACGAGCUACACCCCAAUUGGAAGACCUGAUAUUGCAGCGAUGAGGAAGGUUCCUCCUCCACCCAGGAGUGUAGAAGCUCCCGCUCCA